GCUGAGGACAAUUCGAGAGAGUGAUGCCGCCGAGGAGGGACCGCGGUUCGCGCGCUACCACUACGUGCGCUGCGGCAGCAGCCGCGAUGCGCUGCCUGGCCGUGGCGCUGCUGUGCUGCGCAUGCGCGGAUGCCGCCGCGGGUACUCGCGGUAGCGCCUGCAUCGGGUCGGGGCCGGCGCUGGAGGAGCUGCUGAGGCGUAACUACAGCGAGCACAGCGAGGGCAUGUGGAGCUGCGCCGACCGAGGCCCCCGCUACCGCGACGCCACGCUCGCCUUCCAGUUCAACUUUCCCGGCCUCGAACUCAUCCACUGCAUCGCCGCGGACACAGAGGUUUUGGAUUUUUCCAAAGGUGAAGUGUACUUCGUCAUGCUGAGCGGCUCCGCCGACUCGCCGCCGCGGUACAAGUGCAAGAUGUGCGACAGCAGGUGGUACACCCUGGAUAGGGACCCGAUGCUGCAGCGGCCGCUGGUGCAGUGCAGAGGCUUCGCCAAGCUGGAACUGGAGCUGGAAGGGCACCCCGCAGAGGGCGGGACGCGGCUGGACGGCGUGCGCUGCCACACGGCCUGGCGCAAGGGCUGCGACAGGGGCUACACGUGGUGCCACGGCAAGUGCUGCCGCCGCGAAGCGCUCUUCUACUAUCCCCAGCUGCAGCAGCCGAUUGGCACUGGUAGUCUGCUGACUGCACAGACUGCUGGAUCUCGUGAUGCACCACUGCUGCACCUUCUGACAAAGGCAGCAAAGACCGCUGUCACUGACUGCUGACUGCUGACUAGUACUGCUGGGCGCCGGUAGGCUGCUGACCACACUGAAUGCUGGACCCUGUGAGGCUCCCCUGCCGCACCUAAUGGCAAUGACAGCACAGACUGCUGGUGGUGACUGCUGGGCAUCGGAAGGAGACAAAGACCUGGCCCAUAGGGGGCACUGCUGCAGCACCUGCACACAAUGGCAGCGCAGGCUGCUGGCACUGACUGCUGACUCCUGUUGCUGACUGCUGACAACACAGAGAGCCAGCCCACAGAAGUCGCCACUGAUGAGCCUGCUGUUACUAUAAAAUCUCACAAUUCCUUAUCUGUGAACAUGAAGCAGUUUGGCUGCAUGCACGAAAGUGGAAUGAUUGGCUGUCGUGUCUGUAUCAACAUUUCAUCAAAAAUAAAGGUGACUGUAUAUAGUGUUCUGCACAGCUGUGGUUCAGUGUUGCAGUGUCUAUGAGGUAUAGCGAAGUACUAAACUGUUUGUUACUGAAGUCAAUAAAAGACAUGAGAACCUAGCACAUAGUGGUAUCACUGUUGUGCUGUAUAUGGCAACCACUUCAACCAUAAGAAACAAUUUCUUUGACGAAAUCUACAUCAUAAUUAGCAGUCACUUACAGCUGCACUUGUGUUUGUGUUUAAGCAAGCCCAGCUUAAUCUCAGUUAACCCUGGAAAAAAUUUUUGCCCUUCGCUGAAAGUUUUUACAAUUGGUUUUGUUGUUUUCCUUGUUCAGUUUUGUUACUGGAUUGUGUAUUUCAUGUUUUAGAUGGAUUGAAUACCUUAAACAUUUUUGUUUAAACUGUAUUAGAGUAAAAUAAACACAAGCUCACUAUCGUU